CAUUCGUAUUAUAUCUUACAUAGUGUCGGGAUAAUAAGUGCGAAUGUACCAAGUUAUCCGUAUAAUCAAAUUUCAUCUCCCAGAUAUGAUUCUGAGUCCAGGGACCGGUUCCUAUUUUCAACAUUUUUGAUCAGGAACUUCACAUGUGAAUUUCCAAACCCAUAAACCUCUGGUUAGUCAUCUAUCUUGCUCCUCAUCCAUGAUUCACAGUAUUCCUGUCAUUUCAGCAUUUCACAGUCAUCUCAGCUAUUCCAUUGGUUUCCUCGUUAUUUCGCUCAGGAGUUUUGACAGUCAUUUCAUUCUAAUUUGGCCCGUGUCAAGUCAUUUAUGUCCAGAUAUUAAAAAUCCCAAAAUAUACAUGACAAUUCAUACUCCAUGAGUAAUUAUGUUUUCAAGAUCUGUGGUACAGCGGAGUAAAGUAACAUUUAAACAAUCGCUUUCCUUUCCUUUUCUUAGACUUCUCCUUCACACCUACAACAAACCCCACCGCCAAAGAUCCGUAACAUAUUUCAACAUGUAUAAGUUCCUAAGUUAUCUUGGUACCGAACCGAAGGCAACCACGGACAAAACAGUCUUACCCCCUCCCGAUAAUUCGGAAGAUAUAGAGCAGCCAGCCAUGUUGUAUAGUCUUCCUGGAUCUUUUCCAGGAGCGCAAACCAGCCCAUGGACUCCACCUCCAAAUCCUGAACGUUCUCCUUUGGAAAAUUCACUAGACAUGGAUUCGCCAGUCGUGUCGCCCACUCUUUCUCCUAAAGAGCCAGGAACUUCAACACCAAAUCUGGAGUGCCCUCCUCCUCAACAGCAAAUGACUCCACAUCUCGAUACUGAAUGUCUUCAUCCUGUUCCUCCUGAAAUAAAAUGGAAUUCACGCCCGAAUGUUGGGCGUUCUCUUCCUCGUUAUCCUCGACAACAAGAAACUGCACGCCUACACGUGGAGCGCCCAUCUCCUUCCCUCCAUCCCGAAAUAUGGAGCACUAAAAUCCUAGAUAAUGAGCGUUCUUCUUGUUCUCCUCCUUCUCAACAGCGAGAGGAUCCAUACCCCGACACUGGAUUUCUUCCUCCUGUUCCUCCUGAACAGCAAUUAGCUCCAUGCCCAGAGAUUGAGUGCCCUUUCUUUCCUCGACAAAGAAAUCCAUGCGCCGAUAUUGAAUGUUCUCUCCUUUGCCAUCAUCCUCAACAACAAAGGGAUCUGCACUCUAUUAUUGAACUUUCUUCUCCUUCCCAUCCUUUUCAACAGCAAAGGGAUCCGCAGCCCGUUAUUGAACGUUCUCCUCUUCCUUCUCAUAAAUGGUAUUCAUCAUCAGCUAGUGAACACCCCCCUCCUUCUUUACAACAACAACAACACCAUCAUCAUCAUCAUCUCAAACCACAAGCAACAAUCAAUAACACAGUCUUACGUCCUCCGGGAAAUACAAGAUAUAUACCUCUGCCAGACAUGUUGUAUGAUUUAGAUCUAGAAGCACAAAAUGGGCAGAGUCUCCCACACCCAUAUAUUGAUACCCCUUCCCUUGCUUCUACUGUCUCUCCUUCCUCUUCCUCUCCUUCUCUUCCUCCUCCGUCUACUCCUUCUCCUCCGCUUCUUCUUCAACAGCAACAGCAACAGCAACAUCAAUGUACGAAAUUACAAGGGGCUACGAAUGAUAUAACUGUCCCGCCAGGAAAUUUGAGAAAUGAAGCUCCAGCAGCCGUGCCACCUCGUCCGGAUCCAGAAGCACAAAGCAUGCGAGGGACUCGACGACCAGAUAUCAACAGUUCUCUUAAGCACCCACAAAAUAAUAUCGAAUCACAAAGAACGAUGAAUGAUGUAGUUCUACCUCCUCUAGAAAAUUUAAGGAAUACGGCCUCGUCAGUUUCAUCUUCAGGCAAUCCAAGGGGCGUAGCCCUGCUAAUUGUGUCGCAUGAUUCAGAUCUAGAGAUAAAUAUCCAGCAAAGAACUCCACGCCCAAAUGCUGAAAAUCCUCCUCUUGCUCUUCCUCCUCAGACGCAACAGCAGCAGCAGCAACCUCAUCCAGAACCACAACCUCAUCUAGAACCACAACCUCAUCCAGAACCACAAGCACACCGACAACUAGAAAAGCCUUAUUCCCAAGAACGUCCCGUAGCACCUGGCCAUGCUCGAACGCCACUAUGCCCCCAGGAAAGAGCUCCUUCAGCGUAUUUCGAUGAUCCUCGUCUACCUAUGUAUAUAAAUGACCCUCCUCUACCGAUGUAUGAAAAUGAUCGUCGUCAGCCAAUGUAUACCAAUGACCCUCAUCGCACAAUCCAUGUUCAAGUGCCACCAACCCAGCAGGAGCCUCUUGUUCAGGGUAAAUAUCCAGUUCACACUCCUGAACCACCAGAGUUCCCUCCUCCGCAAAUGGUACAACAAGUUUCGAGAACUGCCUCUUCUGAACCUGUUUCAUUUAGUGAAGUUCCGAAUUCAGAGAAUUUGAGCAAUUGUUCCAACUCAAAUGGCCGAAAUUCAUCAGGUCGGGAGCGACCAAAAAGUAAAUCUAGACAAAAGAAAAAAGAAUCAGGAAAGAGCAGUUCUUUUACUGACAAAGCUUCACGCACUAUGAUCAAUAUCAUGGCUCGCCAGCCUGAAGUGAAGACGGGCGUGGCAUGGGAGACUCGCAAUAGGCAAAAUCACUCGAACAAUAGGGAUGAGACGCAUCGUCGGAGAGACAAACAUUAAUUUCUUGGGGAUAUGGUGUUUGGAAAGUGUGGAAAUGUCUUGUUAAGAGCACCGCAUUCUGGAAUAUCUCUAACCUGGUCCAAUGCUACAGGGCUCCUGUUAUAAGCAAAUGACCCGUGGGAGUCCAGCAUUUUUAUACUCUACAGAUUUCUAGGACCAGUCCUUCGCCGUCUCAAUACCGCGUUUAAAUUCGAGUUAUCUAUUAUCGCUGUUGUUCUUCUUUGGUGGCUUUGAUGGGCUUUAUUAUGAGGAAUUUAUGUAUUUUGUAGUUUCAACGUGGGAUUUAAUGAUAGUUUUGUAUCAUAUCUUCAAAGAGGAAUAAUAAUCAUAUUCUACUUUCAGAAGGUUUCUGGUAGUAGUGAUUAUUUGGAUAUCUGAGUCCCCGUAAAUUUUUGAUUCAUUUAUUAUAAUUUUAGUUUGGAUGCUAUUCUUCUUGUGGUAGUUCUAUGUAGUUCUCAGAUUAUUAU